AUGUCUCCAUACACUGCUGCAGCUCGUAAGCUCGUGCGUGCUCGCCAUGCUGCUCUUCCAGUACCCGUCUUUCGCGCUUACUUGGCUGGAUGUACUUCCAAGAAACGCAACGCUGCAGACGAUACACCACUUGCACGCUUGAAGCUAGUCAUUUUAGAUUUGAAUGGUACGCUUGUAUUUCGGGAGAAUGGGGCUCGCUCAUCCAAUACACCCAUACCGAGACCUGGCUUGCGAGAUUUCUGCAAGUACUUGUUUGACAACUUUGCUGUCAUGGUGUGGUCUUCAGCUCAGCCGCAGAGCGUCCUAUCAAUGUGUGCCAAUAUUUUCUCUCAUGAACAGCGCGAGCAGCUUGUUGCUGUUUGGGCGAGAGAUACGUUGGGCCUAACGCCAGAGCAGUACAAUUCGAAAUGCCAGACCUCAAAGAACCUCGAGCAAGUAUGGCGAGAUCCACAUUUACGAAAGAUUAAGCGUUUCAGUCAACGAGAUACCAUCAUCAUUGAUGAUUCCAAGCUCAAGGUACUGGCGCACCCACACAAUCUGAUCGAGGUACCAGAAUUUUCUGCAGAACGAGUGGCACGGGGAACAGACGAUGCUUUGAGGGAAGUCACGGCGUAUCUUGAGACACUGAGGAAACUUCCGAAUGUCUCUGCUUACAUCAAGCACAGCCCACUCAGGUUUGCAGACAAGCCAAGGAAAGUCAAGAAGCCCAAGAAUCGCUUGAAGGCCGACACACAACAAGAAGUAGCAGAUGACGCGCCCAAAGCAGCUGAUGCAAGGAACAGGCAAGCAAACGAAAAUGCUGGGGAUACUGACUCUCUUGAGGACAAAAUAAUACGAUCGGCUCCGCGUCAUGGGACAUUCUUCAACAAUUGA